AUGCACGAGUCCCCAAGUCAUCAUGAUGGUAUGGACAUUGCUAUGUUGGCACAACUAUUUGAUAGCUGGCCUAAUAGCAACGAGUAUCAUAUCUCAGAAUGUGAUACGAUUUUAUUGCCUUGUGAUAUUCUUGGACUAUUUUUGUUGUUCAUCUUGGACCAACAAAAAAAAGUUGUUUCUAUUUUGGACCCGCUUUCAAUACCUACUUUUGGAAAGCAUAUACUUAAAACUAUGGUCAACGAUCUAAACCUUGCACUUCAAACUGCAAACCCUGCCUUUAAGGACGACAUUUUGAAAUGGGGAUGCAAAGUUCCUGUUGUUCCCACAAAUCCAUACGGUCCCCUAUCUGGUUAUUUGAUUUUCAAUUUAAUGCACUCAUGGCAUGAUGGAACACUACAUUUUCCAGUACCCAAGGAUGAUUUUGAACUGAGGAAGCGCUUUUUGGUUCAUAUUUUGAAGUAUGAAGAAAAUGAAGUUCUAAACAAUAUCCCAGUCUUAGAACGAAGCAUUAUAGAUCGAAUCAAAAGAUGGACCUUCCAGGAUCAUCAUCAAAUGAUGAUUACUAGAUAA